AGCGCGUUCGAGGUGGAUAUCGACGAGGGUGCGUCGGUUUCCGCGUUGAAGAAGGCGAUCCAGUCGGAGAAGCCGAACAAGUUGAAGGACAUCGAUGCAGGUGACCUGCAGCUCUUCCUGGCGAAGACGGCGGACGGCGCGUGGCUGUCAGACGAAAGCGAUGCUGCGCUGGAGCUGGAGGAAGGGAAGAGGCACGCAGUCAUUCAAACGUUGAUUAAUGGAGAGCCGAUGAAAGCCACGAAGACUCUC